AUGGCCAUACAAGUUCUUUCAUGGAUCACUUGUGCCGAAAGAACACUCACCACGACUGAGCUGCGGACCGCUCUUGCUGUGGAGGUUGGUGAACCGGAAUUUGACCCUGACAACUUGCCUGACCUGACCGAUAUGAUUUCGGUCUGCACAGGCUUGGUGACAGCAGACGAGCAGAGCGACAUCAUUCGGCUGGCUCAUUACACCACGCAAGAAUAUUUCAAACGAACUCACGCCACCUGGUUUCCAAGAGCGCAUCAUGAUAUUGGAAGGAUAUGUGUUGCAUACCUAUCGUUGGCUGUCUUCAAAGCAGAGCCUUGGUUGAUAGAGAAAGAACUCAAAAUUUCUCUGGAUUGUGCGCGUGAUCCUCGUUCACAGAUCCAUAUAAGUCGACUCCUGCCUGAGUAUCCUCUUUUUCUGUUUGCUGGUGAUUUGUGGUGUGACCACGUCAACGCCAGAUUGCAUGAUGAUGACUUAGAAGUCGGCCACAACCACACAAUUGAGUUUCUAAGCGACAUCUCGCAGAUUUAUUGCCGUACGCGAGUCCUCCUGUGGCUUGAUUCGCCUUCGUUUGCUCGAGACUCUCACAAUCCCGAGACCUACUAUUUCUUCGGUAACGAUCGAUACCCAAUAUCCAGCUCGCGGCUCGCCACCGGUCUACACCUCGCUGUCUGGUUUGUAAUGCCACAUAUCGUUCAAAAGAUGAUCUCACUGGGCUGGCCAGUAGACGCCAAAGAUGUCCGGGGGAGAACACCAUUAUUUUGGGCAGUCUACUUUGACCUCUCAGAUAUAGUGUCUUUACUACUGGAGCAUGGUGCUGAUCCUUGCAUGAGGGAUCAAGAUGGUAACACGCCCCUACUUCAGUCAGCUUCUACCGUGUCAGUAAACUCGAUCACGAUAGCCCGCUUGCUGUUAGAGAAAGUCACCAAGCGACAGCUCAAAGCAUUGGUCGAGUCAUUUCUCACUUAUGAGUCGUGCGAGAGCUACGAGCAGCAAGAGUUGAAUGAGGCGUUACUCAAAGCGGCAGCACGUGGAUAUGAUGGGGUCGUUCAGGUUCUUCGGGAUGGUGGCGCUGACCCAGGCGCUCUGAUCAGACGCAGGCAUUCCGACGAGAACAAGCGCAUGUCCAUACAAACUCCACUUCUUGCCGCAACCACGUGUGAGAACGAAUCCGUCGUUAAUCUUUUGUUGGAUUGGAAUGUUGAUCUUGACGUCAAGAACGGAUAUGGUCGCAGCGCCCUUUCGGUUGCUGUAUUGGAUGGUCAUGAAGAGAUUGUUCAACUCCUAUUGGCAAAGGGUGCUGAUACUAAUUCGCAGGAUGAGUUGGGCCGCACAGCAUUUCACUGGGCUGCUAAUCGAUACGAUAAAACCUUGUACUUACUUUCUGAUUACGACCCUAAUGGGCCAAACCAGAGGGAUUUCUACGGCCCAACGGCAUUGCAUCUUGCUUCAACCCAGGGCAAUCUCCGUGUAGUGCGUGCCCUGAUUGCCAUGAGGAGCACUGAUUGUGACAUCCGAGACAACUUUGGUCGCACUGCGCUUUGUGAUGCUAAACGAAGGGGUCAUCAUGACAUUAUCAAGGCUCUCCAGAAUCCGGCAGAGAGAUUGACCGAUGAGAUCUCUGCUGUUCAAAUUACAUGUCCACAGGCCUGGACUGGUGUGGUAUGUGAUGUCUGCAUGGGUUUCAUCCUAUCCGAUGAGACUUGGUAUCAUUGUUCCUUGUGCAGAGAUGGGGACCACGGCACAUGUGAUUGGUGUUAUCAAGUCGGGGCCACGCUGUUCGAAUCGCGAGCAUGA